AUGGACUUAGAUGACUUACCAGCACCUAGUGACAAUGAUUCCGCCAUUACCUUCAACAAAGACCUACCUAAAGGUGGAAGUGAUCACAACAAGGCACUGUACAUUUCAGUAAUGGCUUGUGGAAAGCCCUACAAAGUCAACUGUCUGAGGCUUGAGGCAUCAGAUUUCACUCCUUCAGACUUGAUUGUUAGGGCAUAUGAGAAUACCAAAAGAGAGGUCUUAGGUAUUAUGGAAAGGAUGGCAGUUGACGCUCUUCCAGUUAUAGUUCUUUUAUUUGAUCAGUAUCGCUGGCUUCUGUCUUUCACAUAG